CUGGCACUAAGACAAUAUGAUGAUUUCUUAGUUUACAUCCACUGCCAACAUCAAACUAUCUUAAGUGCAGUCAAGUGUUUUGCUGAAGGCACAGAAUGGCCAUGUGUUAUGGUUGGAAGUGCAUUUGAAGGUUGUUGUCUUCCAAGGAAUUUACACAGAUGGGAAGAGUGUGCAACUCACUUUGAUUUCCUUGUUUGUCUGCCAACACCAAAAGCUGGAGAGUCCACUGGAAACACUUUACAGUAUUUGCAGCAAAAUGGAAGGCCACAUCAAGUAAUCCUGAAACUGUCUGACCCAUCCAUCGUAUUUUCAGAUUACAUUCUCGGUGCCAGUGAUAGUGUGGUGUCAAACUUAAGGGGUUGCUGUCAUUUUCUGCAUGAAUGUAGUGAUGGAUUUUAUCUAAAAAAAAGUUUCAUGGAAACCAUUGAAGGAAAAAUCAAGAAUUCCUUGGGUAAGGUCCUUGCACAGAAACCAGGUGGGAUGGAAAUGGUAGCAAGGGACAGCAAAGAAAAUUGCACAGGCCCCUGCGCAUCUUUGCGUGCCUCAUUUUUCAAGGCCAUCAAUGAAAGAUUAGAUAUGUUGCCUCUAGAUCCAGACACAUGGUCAGGGGAUGCAAUGACAAAUGCUCAAAUGAUGUGGGUCAACCUUACUAACUGGAGCAGCCAGUUUUGGCCCGCUAGAACGUUUAAUGUGUAUCCAGCCUUUCAAUGUGAAUGGCCUGAAGAUGCAAAAAUCAUGUGGCUUGAAAGAGAUAGAUUUUGGCCUAGUGAAGCCAUUGUACAAGAAAUAGCACAGUCUUACUGUUAUCUUCUUCCUUUGUGGAACAAUUAUUCCAGAAAUAACCAUCUGGCAAACAAGGAGAUAAUGGAAUUGCAGAUUACCUUUGGCACAUCAGAGUACUUGUUAUUCUCAGAAACGGGACCAAAGGAGAGGCAGGUUGUGGUGAUUUUAAAAGCUCUAAUUGAAAAGCAUUCACUGAACUUUCAAAUUUUAUCAUCGUUUGUCAUGAAGACAGCCCUUUUCUGGUAUUUACAAUCAAUCCCUCUAAGUCAGAGACAAGGUUUGGGAAGAGGCGAAUUACUUGUGAGACUCCUGGACAAUCUAAUUUGUUUUUUGAAUGAGAAGAACUUACGUCACUUUUUCAUUCCCAGUGUUAACCUACUGGAUAGUUUUGAUUCAGUUGAAAUCAGUAAUGCACUUCGAGAUGUGAAGAAAGUAAGGAGAGACUUGCUUGAUCAUCUGUCUGAGCUCUUUCAGUUGGAGGGCUCGAAAAGACUAAACGAAGAUUUUGUCAAUAAAGUUCUUUCUUUCAUUUGAAGCAAAGUUGUAACGCGAGAGAGUUGAAACGUUAUUCUGUAUUUUUUUUGACAUUAUUUUUGUAUAUUUAUCGUCAAUUUGUAAUCACUCAAAAUAGAAGUCUGUUCUUGAUCCAUUAGCACCCAGAGCAACAACUAGGACAACAACUAGAUUCGGAUAAAAAAUACGUGAAAAGAAACGUAAUGCGUAAUAAUUAUUAUUGGGCUGCCUGUGGCAAAGCCCAAAUAAGUUCUAAGUAGCGCGUUUUUCGAAAAAAGACAAAAUGUCGGAUGCAUAACCAAGCAGGCGUUGUAUGUCCCGUCCCACCCGCAAUGGGACGAUAACUGGGAUAAGGGGGAUAUUCGUUUCAGAUAAAAUCAAACAGACUUGAAACUAUUUAUGAACUAUUUAAUAGGCCACUGUAUCGCGCACCUGGUAGACCAGUGUACCCUAAUUAUGGGGGCCUUGUGUGUUUAUAGACUCAGGUGAAUAUGAUUCGUUACAAUUUCAAAUGAGUAGAUUUAGAUUAAACAUGCUGUUUUAAUCUGUUUACCAAUUCCUUUGCAUUUUUAUAAAAUAGUUUUCCUUGAUAGUUUUCUUACUUACAGUCUUUAAUUUUAUUUUUGUAAUAAUCGCGACUUUUUGCAGGUGUUUUGCAAACCAGAGGACACUACGACAUCUUGAGCUUGAAAAAGCGUUAUUCAAGUAUGACAAUUUUGUCCUGCUCAACAUGACCCAACACAAAUUAAUUUUCGAAGCUGUUAAAGAAGAACGGAUAAUAAGCCAGCUUCGAAGAUGUGUUCUGCCAGUAGGGAGCAUGUUUGAGGGUUCACACAUCGCAGAGUGCCCAAGCGAUGGUGGCAUUUCACAAGAAAUGGAUUUUAUGCUUAUUUUACCGGACGUGACUGCCAGUGAAAGAGACGAUGGAGUUUUGCAGUGUUGUUCAAUAGAAGGGCCCAAUCCCGGCUAUGUCAAUUUGAAAGUGCUGGAUGCUACACGCAUUACGCUGGAGGACACACCCGUUAUGCAGGAUAUAAUUAGGGACCCUAUGGCAAUGUUUUACGAGGUACAUAACGACGAACUGUUUCUUUCACACAAAUUUGUCAGGGUAUUUGAAAGACGAGUAGAAUAUGCAGUGACCAUGGUGAUGGGAACAAAAUUUGCCAGAGGUCUCGAACUUGGCAUGAAGCGGAAAAGUGUCGCUGAUCUUUACCCAGUGAUGACAAUUUUCUUCAAAGAACCGAUUCAUUGUCUUAUCUGGCCUGACUCUACAACUUGGCCUGAUUGUACUUUAGGAGCGCUGUUUGACACGUUAUCGAUUAUCCAAGACCGCCAGCGUGACAUUUCGUGGCAAAAUCAAAUCAUAGACAUCGCUCCUGCCAUAUUAUGCGACAUCCCUGUGAAUGUCAAAAACUCUUGGCUGAAACGAAAAAGGUGGUGGCCUUGCCAAAGUAUAGUAGAAAAAAUCUCAACUCUCUCAUGUUACCUGCUUGCCAAGCCACACCCGUUUACCUCAAACAAGCUUUUAGAGUGGCGAUUUAGCUUUAGCUCAGCGGAGUUGCUUCUCAGUUCGGCUAUAAAACCUUGGGAAAAGCAGUGUCUUAUGGUUCUUAAAGCACUGAGAAGAAAAUACCUACAAGAACCAAAGGUUAUUGCGUCUUACCAUUUAAAAACUGUCCUUUUCCAUGUAUUAGAGUCCAUGCCUCGUCGUAAAAGAGAAUCUCUGAGCCGAGGUGUCUUCCUGGAGAAACUUCUGGAUCAAAUUAUUUACUGUGUAAAGAGCAAAAACUUGCCCAACUUUUUUAUCCCAGAAAAUAACAUGGUCCGCCACUGCGAAGAUGCCGAUCUUUCCACAGUCCUUUUAAAGCUUCAAGACAUGAAAGAAAAUUUGCUGACUUACCUUACAGAGGACUUGUUCACAACAUCUGUUACAGAGGAAAGAGAAGAGGGAGAAUUCCAAGAAACAUACUGGGGAGUUAUAUAA